CCAGUAUUUAUCUUCCGGUAGCUCGCGUACAUAGUAACUGUGGAUGCUAUGCUAGCACCAAUCGAUACUGAAAACGUGCAGCUAACUUGAGCACUCUAACGUUAAUAUUUUCUCUUCUUGUACCGGUCAUCCUCCUGCUGAUGGUCCACCAGCCAUGGAGGGACCGUCCUCUCGGCUACCUGCCACCACCCAAGACGGACCGCUGUGGCUGGCGGGCAGGACAGACUCCGGCAGGGAUGCAGAGUCUGACCCUGCCCGGGAGAUAAAGACACAGUUCCGAGUUUGUCGCUUCAUAAUGGAGACAGGAGUGAAGCUGGGAAUGCGCUCAGUACCCGUGGCCACAGCGUGUGUGUUGUACCACCGUUUCUUUGAGCGUGUCAGCAUGCGAGCGUAUGAACCCUACUUGGUGGCCAUGAGCUGUGUGUACCUGGCUGGAAAGGUGGAGGAGCAGCACAUCAGGACCCGGGACAUCCUCAACGUAAGCCACAGGUAUUUCAACAGUGGCAGUGCUCCUCUAGAAUGUGACAAGGAGUUCUGGGACCUGAGGGACAGUGUGGUGCAGUGUGAGCUCCUCAUCCUCCGACAGCUCAACUUCCACGUCUCCUUUGAGCACCCUCACAAGUAUUUACUCCACUACCUUUUGUCUGUGAAGUCGCUCGUGAACCGCCACGCUUGGUCUCGAACCCCUGUCGCUGAGACUUCCUGGGCAUUGCUUAGAGACUGUUACCACGGAGUCAUGUGCAUCCGCCACAUACCCCAACACAUUGCCAUAGCAACGCUGUACCUGGCUCUAAACAGCUACGGAGUGGAGAUGCCUGUCGGAGAGAGAGAGUGGUGGCAGGUGCUGUGCGAGGACGUGACCAAAGCAGACAUCGAUGCUGUGAUCUCAGACCUUCUUCAGCUCUACGACAUGGAGGCCAAGUGUAUCUGAAGGACAUGCUACACAUAGAAGACACAUGAGAGUUGUUUUUUUUUGCUGCUUGUGUUUGUCCAUGCGGCAUGAACAUGUGUGCCUGUGUGUGUGUGUGCUGUUCUCUGCAUGUAAGUGUCAGGGUUCAGGUGCGUUUGUGCACAUGCGUCUGUGCUUGUUUGGGUGAGAGAGAGGAACACUUUGUAUUGCCCCAGUUAGUCUGUGAGCCGUGACAAAAAACACACCUGCACUACCACGUCCUGCCACCGUGGGGAGACAUUUCUUGCUUUCUGGUCUCUGAUCUCUCGGGCCUGCAGAAUACUGAUGGAAUAUGUCAUCAAAAACACCACUCUCUCCACACAUAUGUUUUAACUACAAAUACCAAAGUCCAUCACCCAGUUGUUCAAUCAGUAAUUCCAGAAAAUCCGUAAAAAUACAUGAGAAUGACGACCUCAGUUAGAUACUUAUUAUUGAAUGGCAUUAUACUAACACAUUUAUGCAUUCGGAAAAUACUAAAAACAAAUAUGUCGUUGAGGUUAAGUCCUGAUUGUCUCAGAAUCCAGACCACCUUGCUGCAUAAAUCUGCAUUUGGGAAAAUAAGCUUGUCUCUACUCAAUAUUAAUACGUCCUUAAUUUUUAAAGCUGCAGUAGGUAAUUUUUAUAAAAUAACCUUUUAUUUUAUUUGCUGAAACUUUAACUCUAUCCUGACAGUAGUACAAAGGGAGAUAAUCCUCCAAACUGAAUGAAUGAAUGAAUUUGCAAAAAUCCAAUGGGCCCAAAAGAAAACAACCAAUCAGAACUGAGAAAAGUAGAAAGACGCUUUGGCCUGGCGGCUUGAAGAUAGUUGAUUGUUGAGUCUCAUUCCCAGCAUCGAUAUUUGACAGAGCAGAUGAAAAAUACAGGGGGGAUGUGAUCUGCUGUAUGUUUCGGAUGAAUGUUUCAGCUGUUAAUUUGGACUGUGUGUAAAAUAAACUCGACAGACCCUACCCUGUCCUGUUUCAAGGAUAUGUCUGGUGAUAUUUUAUAUGUUCUUCACUACAUCCCAUAAAUAAUGAAUGAAUUAAUAGAUAAAUGAAUUGACAUUACUUACAAGUUUAGUCUGUAUCAAAGAAAUUUUAGCACUAGCUACAAACAUACCUUCUCCCUGUGAAGUUUUACACAUGGUCCUGGUUUGUUCAGUUCCUGUUGUUGAAAGAGGAAAAAAAAAACAACAAAACAAAAUAAAAGGCAAAGUCUUUGGUAGCUAGAAAAACAACAAUAACAACAACAACAGAGCUCAUAUGUCAUUCCUCUGUGCCAUAGCGCUCCCUUGUCCAAAUCAGUGAGUCACACUGUUGCCCUGGGUGACAUGUUCCUUUAUUACCAUGAACACACACUGUAGUUUUUUUUUUUACUUAAUCCCACGCACGCUGUCCUGCGGCUGGAAACAUCCACUGAGCACGUGUUCCCAAACUCUUUCAUGACCAGGACACCCACAAUAGAUGCACAUUAGUCAAUUUAUGAUUUUGUGUUAAGGAAUCUUAAACCCUCGGAAUCCCCCUUUUUUAUCUAUAGGUUUGAAGAUAAUAAAGUCUUUAUAAUCAAUCAAUGAUCAAACUAGGACCUCCUUUUGCUGGGGACUAGUACAACCCACUCAAAGACCCCUGUUGGUCCCCAGAUCCCUGUUUGAAAACCACUGCAAUUGAGUACCAAUUGUGGAUUAAUCCACUGCUGAAAAUGGUCCCCAACAAAUGCAUUAUUUCCUCCCGUUUACGUAGCAUUUGAUAAAAACUACAGUGAGCAGCUAUUUUCAGCUGAGGGUGACAGACAGGCACAAAAGUACUGAGAGACAAGCUAGGUAGAUAUAAAAAAAAAAUCAUUAAUACAAAAUGCUGAAACAGCAUAACUGAAAUCUAAAAAAUCCACCAUCUAUCCUUUAAUCAUUUCUCUCUCCAACAAAUCAUCACAAAGUACAGUAUAACUAGCUUGCAGUAAUGAUAUUAGCAAACAUAUUUGUUUUAAUCAUCAAUACCACGCUCAUAUUUUAACAAUAACAACAAUGAAGGUGGUUAAUGAACCUAUUUUACUCCAUUUAAGUUACAUAACUUUAGGCAUUCCUGAGCAGUGCAUAGAGUUUGAGGACGAUGGAGGGGCAUUGUGAUUGUUCAUGGGAAUGUCCUGUUAUCAAAGAUUUAUGGAAAAAACUAUUACUACUUCUAUUUUUUGUCUCUUGUAUUAUGAUUUUCCUUUAAAUCCCAGUUUAAGUUUCCAUGGUAUAUUUCCUUGUGUGUGUAACAUAAGGAAUGAUAUGAAAAAUAUUUUUAUUAUCAAAGUCAAAUAUGCAGUACAAUUUCUGUGUUAGGAAAAUACCUCUAAAAGCAUUAGGCAAUGUAAAGAAUGGAAAAGUUGACUUAUUCUCUGAAGAUCCAAAAAUGAGUACAUGGUUGUGAAAAAUGUUGUGUCAAAAAAAAUUAGAAUAUUUGCAAUAAAGGGAAAGUCCAUGGACUAUAAAGAUGUGGGGAUGUUUCACAGAAUCCUGAAAAAUAACCCCACUGAGGAUUGGUCAAUACAAGAACUGUUGUAGAACUAAUAACAAGAAUGAAAGUAUGGACAAACUGGAUGCUGUUAUUAGAUUUUAUAUAAUAUAUAAAUAUAUUCAUUUAGUAAA